GUGGAUGUCCCUGAUGAGUCACAGACCCUGGCGAAUGCUCCCGGAAGAAGGCGCUUCUCCCGACCCUUCCACCGCCCUGGAGAGCCCAGCCGGCCGGGGGGAUGCAGGCAGCCCACGGAGCCCGGCGGCCCCCUCAGCGCUGAGGGGCGCCCCUCCGGCGUUUCCGUCCGGACUCCCAGCUUCUCCCCAGGAUGUCCUGCAACCGCACGUCCGCGGAGACGUUUGAAUCCCUGCCGUCCAACGGGAGCCACGCGUGGGAGGCGGCGGCGGCGCCGCUCCGGGGGUGCCUGGCCGGCCUCCUGGUGCUGAUGAUCGCGGUGGGCUUCCUCGGCAACUCCGUGGUCUGCGUCAUCGUGUACCAGCGGCCGGCCAUGCGCUCCGCCAUCAACCUGCUGCUGGCCACGCUGGCCUUCUCGGACAUCAUGCUGUCGCUGUGCUGCAUGCCCUUCGCGGCCGCCACGCUGGUCACCGUGCGCUGGCGCUUCGGCGACUCCUUCUGCCGGCUCUCGGCCGCGCUCUACUGGUUCUUCGUCCUGGAGGGCGUGGCCGCCCUGCUCAUCAUCAGCGUGGACCGCUUCCUCAUCAUCGCCCAGCGCCAGGACCGGCUGACCCCGCGGCGGGCCAAGGCGAUCAUCGCCGCGUCCUGGGCGCUGUCCUUCUGCGUGUCGGCGCCCUCGCUGGCCGGCUGGACCCUGGUGGAGGUGCCCGCGCGGGCCCCCCAGUGCGUGCUGGGCUACACCGAGCUCCCGGCCGGCCGCGCCUACGUGGUGACGCUGGUGGUGACCGCCUUCUUCGCGCCCUUCGGCGUCAUGCUGGGCUCCUACCUGGGCAUUCUGCAUGCCGUGCGCAAGAACGCGGUCCGUGUGCGCAACCAGUCCGACACCCUGGACCUGCGGCAGCUCGCCAGGGCCGGCCUGCGGCGGCGCCAACGGCAGCAGCAGGUCAGCUUGGACUUAAGUUUCAAAACCAAGGCCUUCACCACCAUCCUCAUCCUCUUCGUGGGCUUCUCCCUGUGCUGGCUGCCGCACGCCGUCUACAGCCUCCUGUCCGUGUUCAGCAGGCGGUUCUACUGCAGCCCCUCCUUCUACACCACCAGCUCCUGCGUCCUGUGGCUCGGCUACAUCAAGUCUGUCUUCAACCCCAUCGUCUACUGCUGGAGGAUCAAAAAGUUCCGCGAGGCCUGCAUAGAGCUGCUGCCCCAGACCUUCCAGAUCCUCCCCAGAGUGCCUGAGCGCAUCCGAAGGCGCGUCCAGCCCAGCACCAUCUACGCGUGGGGCAGAAAAGGCACAGUCCUUCUCUUGUAACUCAUCUUCUCAGCAAGUAUUUGAAGCGGCCUGCUUUCCAUCUCAGAAGUGGUCCGUGGGCUUAGUUUACACGUUUCCUCUGGACACGCUGAGGCUGUAGCCUCCCAAGCUGCCGCAUGGACUUCUGCGCUGGGCCUGCUGGCAGGGGCCGGACAGACACCGACCUGCCCGCAGGUCCCCGUUGAUCUCUGUGCUCCUCCUACCUCAUUCCUCUGCUGUCCUCUGGGCCACCCGCCCGGGGCCUUGGUCCUCCGAGCCCAGGCAGGACCGGGGCCCUGGGAGCGAGGCUGCCGACAGGGAACUUGGCUGCUUGCGCUGUGCCCUUGGCCGCCUGGCCCAGGUCACCCAUUACUCCAGAGCUUCUGACGUGGGGUCGGUUUUCCAGAGUUUGAGGCACACCACUGAGUCCAUGCAGCUCUUUUUACAGUUUCAGAUCUGAAGAGACUGGGAAAUUGAAGGAGAAAUUCAGGAAAUCUGAACCCAUGUCUUACUCUAACAGGAGCUAGUGUGUGACCUUGUUCACUUCACCUGACUUCUUGGGCCCGUUUUCCCGUUUACCAUGCGAAGAAGCAAGUCUAGAUGAUCUCCCAUGUCCCUCUCAUCUCUCAAACACUCAGAUUCUAAAAGAGCAUCUUGUCUGCUUGUAGUCACAGCUCCUCUGUAUUCCUUUAUUUCCCACACCAUGAGCCUUUAUUAAGUGCCUGCUAGACGCAAGGCACUGUGGGAGAAAGAGGGAAGAAUAAGGCCCGGGCUGUGCCCAAAGGCAGUGUCCAAUUUAUCUCAAGAUCAUUUUAACUCAAGCCUGGCCUGCGUAGCUCAGUGGUUGAGCAUCGACCUGUGAACCAGGAAGUCAUGGUUGGAUUCUGGUCAAGGCACAUGCCUGGGCUGUGGGCUCCAUCCCCAGUGGGGUACGUGCAGGAGGCAGCCGAUCCAUGAUUCUCUCUCAUCAUUGAUGUUUUUCUCUCCCUCUCCCUUCUCUGAAAUCAAUAAAAAUAUGUUUCUAAAAAAAUCAUUGCAACGCAAAUUCGGCCUAACGCAGAUGUUCCCUUUCAUUGCUCUUCUCGGUUCCUUUCCCAGGUUGCAGCAAGAGGCCAGCUCCUGUCCUCGCACUCGCUUCCCGUGGUGCUGGUGACAGGGGCAGGAAAGAGCGGGCAUUACAGAGAACAUAAUUUAUGUUAUUUAUAUUAUCUAAGCCCAGAGCAGGACUUGUUGUGAAAAUAAGUGAUACUUGUUCUCACUAACUUUACCCAGGUGCAGAGAGAAAGAUGGGCAGGUGGUGUGUGAUUGAGAUGGCCUGUCAGUUCUUGUCCCAAGUGCCCCCAGCAGGGUCAGGGUUUGCCUUUGGCUCCCGUCCAGUUCAGCCUUAGUGGGCCCAAAGCACAGCCAGCCCCCGAGGGACCAGGCCAGUGGUCACCUCCCCCUGGUGGGCGUUGAAGAAAAUGCUCCCCCAGAGCCUUGAGUAAAAGAGAAAUCACAAAACUGAAUGAAUGAAAGUACCAAAAUUCACACCUGUCAGUGUUACAUGAUGUAUGUUGAAAAGUAAUGUGUUUCAAACUAAUAAUUUUGUACAUAUUUUUAAAUAAAGUAUUAUUGCUCUU